AAAAAAAUCUCCCAUUUUUCAAUUCUUCUUUUCAAUUACAUAAAAUCCAAAAAGACAAAGAUCUUUUCUGAUCAGAGAGAGAACUAUGCGUCUCAUGGGUUUAGCUCAAAACUUGAUCAUACUCUUGUCUCUAUUCACAACGAUUCAACUAAUAUCAUCUCAACCCAAAACUCCACCAUCGAUCUCUCCCGACGCUAACCUCUGCAACGGCAUCUUCCUCACCUACACAUACUCAACCGGAACCAAGAUCAAACCGAACGAUACUAAAAGCCAACCGUACCGGUUCGAGUCCGUGAUCACUGUCCUAAACAACGGCAGAGAAGAGCUUAAGUCGUGGCAAGUCUUCGUCGGAUUCGCUCACAAAGAGAUUCUUGUCUCCGCCACAAACGCUAUUCUCGGAGACGGUUCUAGUCUCCCCGUUAGCGUCGAGAACGGUACGACGUUUGCAGGGUACCCCGCGGCGGAUUUAAAGUCUGCGAUUAUGACGGCGGGUGACGUCACGCAGAUGGAAGCACGUGUGGAGCUCGUGGGUACUCAGUUUGGUGUUGCGCCUCCUAAUGUUCCGCUUCCGAAGAACAUCACUCUUGUUAAUGUUGGUUGGUCAUGUCCCAAAGCCACUCAACGAGGUAAAAAUGCUUUGCAAGUAUGUUGCAUGCCUAAUCCAAAAAACAAAACAUCUCCCGUUGGUGUAAAGUUCCUUCCAAGACAAAAAGGAGACUUAACCAUCAUGUACGACAUAACAAGACCAUAUGCAUCAAGUUACUGGGCGCAAGUCACUAUAGAGAAUCACAACCCUCUAGGCCGUCUAGACAACUGGGAUCUAAGUUUCGCCUGGAUGAAAGAUGAGUUCAUCAUCCAAACCAAAGGAGCUUAUCCAAGCAUCAUAGAUUCAUCAGCUUGCAUAGAUGGUCCACAAGGAAAAUACUAUGGAGGACUAGACUUCUCCAAUGUCCUAAGCUGUGCAAGAAGACCACAUAUUAUAGACCUCCCUUUGACUAAAUACAACGACUCAAACCUUGGACUUAAACCAUACUGCUGCAGAAACGGAACCAUUUUGCCACCGUCCAUGGAUCCAACCAAGUCUAAAUCUGUUUUUCAAAUGGAGGUUUACAAAAUGCCUCCUGAUGUAAACAUCUCUGCCAUCACUCCACCUCAGAGCUGGCAGAUCAAAGGUAAUCUCAACCCUGAUUACAAAUGUGGCCCUCCUGUUCGAGUUAGCGCCAGUGAGUUCCCUGAUCCAAGCGGUUUACCUUCAAACCGGACCGCGUUCGCUAGCUGGCAAGUGGUUUGCAACAUCACUCAACCAGCUAUCCCUAGCUGCUGCGUGUCUUUCUCCUCUUACCUCAACGACUCAAUCAUCCCUUGCAAGACCUGCGCUUGUGGAGGAUGUUCUAGCGACAGAGUGGACAGAACAUGCAGCACUACUUCCCCAGCUCUUCUCUUACCACCUCAGGCUCUUCUCAUUCCCUUUGAGAAUCGAACCAAGAUGGCUACAAAAUGGGCGCAGUUGAAACACAGAAGAGUUCCAAACCCAUUACCUUGUGGAGACAACUGUGGAGUCAGCAUAAACUGGCAUCUAGCUACUGACUAUAGAGGCGGUUGGACCGCUAGAGUCACGAUCUUUAACUGGGGAGGAACAAACUUCGCGGACUGGUUUGCAGCUGUGGAGCUGAAGAAUGGUGCGCCAGGUUUUGAGAAGGCUUACUCGUUUAAUGGAACAACGGUUGCUGUUAAUGGGAAGAACAGUACUGUUCUGAUGGAAGGGCUUCCUGGUUUGAACUAUCUCGUUGGUGAGGUAGAUGGGAAGAACCCGAGUAGUGACUAUAGGGUUCCCGGUAAGCAACAGUCUGUUAUCUCUUUUACUAAGAAACUAACUCCUGGGAUCAAUGUUGGUGCUGGAGAUGGGUUUCCGACAAAAGUGUUUUUCAACGGUCAGCAAUGUUCGCUUCCUUCUAUAUUACCUAGCAAUGGUCACAGAGGACGUGUGUACACCUUUCUUCUCAUGGUGUUACCGUUUUUGUCUCUCUUGGUUCUUUGGGGUUGAGAGUUGUUGAUUCUUUCUGACUUAUAUAUGAUGUUACGAAACUAGUAGUGGGGGAUGCUUUGUGCAGCGUGAGAUUCUUUUACUUUUUUUUCUUUAAUGGUUCGGUUUUGGUAUACACAUUUAUUGAACAGACCAAUCUUAUGUGGUUUGAUAUUUUCACUCCGGUUUACUUUCCCUCUUAUCUUGGUGCAAAUACGAAAAGUUGGAAUAUAAAAAAAUUGUAAAUAGCCUCACUACUUAUAUGAGAAGCCAAAAGAGUCUCCACAGAGAGUAACAUAUUAAC